UCUAUUUAUACAAAAUGGUGCUUUGUUAAAAUAGGCCUGCAGUACGUGCGUGGGAUAUUAGCCAGAGGUGGUUUUGGUAUGCUUUGAGGUGUUUAAAUAGUAAAUUUGUUAUUUUAAAAAAAAUUUUUUUAUUAUUUAACCUUCGUUGAACUCAUUUAAUUCGUUUAACAAUGUCUAGGAUUUUUUACGCAAUUGACAAUCACCUCCGGAGAAAUGUAGACGCAUAUCGCAGUAUCGCGUAUCUUCCACUGCGUACCAUAAACUGCACUUCGCGGAAACAUGUGGAGAAUGGGGACAGCCAUAUGGUCCUGGGGAAGAGGUGGAAGGACACGGCUGAGACGGUGAUCAUCGGAGGGGGCUGUGUGGGAGUCAGUAUAGCCUAUCACCUGGCCAAGGCUGGACAGAAGGACGUGGUUCUGCUGGAAAAGUCUGAACUUACCGCUGGAUCCACCUGGCACGCUGCUGGUCUGACCACAUACUACCACCCUGGUAUCAACCUGAAGAAGGUCCACUACCACAGCAUCAAGCUGUAUGAGAGUCUGGAGGCCGAGACGGGUCAGGCGGUGGGUUUCCACCAGCCAGGCAGCAUCCGUAUUGCCUCCACCCCAGUCAGAGUGGAUGAGCUGAAGUACCAGAUGGCCAGGAGCCACUGGCACCCCACGCCCCAAUGGCUCAUCACACCUGAGAAAAUCAAGGAGCUCUUCCCCCUGCUCAACAUGGACAAGGUGCUAAUGGGUCUGUAUAACCCAGGAGACGGCCAUAUUGACCCCUACUCCCUGACCAUGGCCCUGGCUGCUGGGGCCCGUAUGUACGGAGCCCAGAUCUACAACCCAGCCCCGGUCUCUGGUCUCACACCCACCAGCGACGGGAAGUGGGACGUCCAGACCCCACACGGGACCAUCAGAGCUAACAGCAUAGUCAACGCCACAGGAUUCUGGGCCCGGGAAGUUGGCCAGCUGAUUGGCCUCGAGCACCCCACUAUCCCUGUCCAUCACCAGUAUGUUGUCACAGCAACAGUGCCUGAGGUGAAGGCCCUGAAGACAGAGCUGCCAGUAAUCAGGGACCUGGAGGGCUCCUACUACCUCAGGCAGGAGAGAGACGGACUGCUGUUUGGACCCUACGAGAGAGAGGAGAAGAUGGUGCUGCAGGACUCCUGGGUUACAGAUGGAGUACCACCAGGUUUUGGUAAGGAGCUGUUUGAGUCAGACCUGGACCGUAUCAUGGACCACGUAGAGAUGGCCAUGGAGAUGGUGCCUGUGCUGAAGAAUGCUGACAUCAUCAACAUUGUGUCUGGACCAAUCACCUACACCCCUGACCUCCUACCCAUGGUCGGACCGCACCAGGGCGCACGCAACUACUGGACCGCCAUCGGCUUCGGGUAUGGAGUAAUCCACGCCGGUGGCAUCGGGAAGUUCCUCAGUGAUUGGAUCGUGACAGGGGAACCCCCCUAUGACCUCAUUGAGUGUGACCCCAACCGCUACGGCAAAUGGACCACGGUACCCUAUAUGUGUGCCAAGGCCAGAGAGUCCUAUGGAUUCAACAAUGUGGUGGGCUACCCUAAAGAGGAGCGUUUUGCGGGCCGUCCGACCCACAGGACCAGUGGUGUGUAUGAGCUACUAAAGGGGAAGGCUUCCAUGGGCUUCCAUGCUGGCUGGGAACAACCACACUGGUUCUAUAAGCCUGGAGACGAUGCAGGAUACAAGCCGAGUUUCAGGCGUACCAACUGGUUCGGUCCAGUGGGGAGGGAGUGUAACCUUGUGAUGGAGAAGGUUGGGGUCAUUGACCUGACGCCCUUCGGCAAGUUCAUGGUUAAAGGGAAGGACUCCCAGAAACUACUGGACAGACUGUUUGCUAACACUAUGCCCAAGGUGGGCCUGACUAACAUCAGCCAUAUGUUGACCCCCACUGCAAGAGUCUACGCUGAGGUCACCAUUACCCAGCUCGCACCUGGAGAGUUCCUCCUCAUCACAGGAUCCGGAUCAGAGCUCCAUGACCUCAGGUGGAUAGAGAAAGAGGUAGAGGAGGGGGCGUAUGAUGUAGACAUCUCUAACGUGACAGAGGACAUUGGGGUGUUGGGUGUGGCUGGACCAAAGGCUAGAGACGUUCUACAGAAACUCACUCAGGAGGACAUGAGCGAUGCAGGCUUCAAGUUCCUCCACUGCAAACCCCUUCAACUGGCUGGCAUCGACCUCAGAGCUAUCAGGAUCUCCUACACAGGUGAGUUGGGCUGGGAGCUGUACAUUCCUCAGAAGGACAUGGCAGCGGUGUACCAGGCUAUCAUGGAAGCAGGACAGGAUGAGGGCAUCGACAACUUUGGUACCUACGCCAUGUCAUCACUACGACUGGAGAAGGGCUUCAGAGGCUGGGGCGCAGAGAUGAACUGUGACACCAACCCUCUGGAAGCUGGUCUGGACUACUUCAUCAAACUCAACAAGCCUGCAGACUUCAUUGGUAAGGCAGCACUGCAGGAGAUCAAAGCUAAAGGUCUGAAGAGGAAGCUGUCAUACAUCACCAUGGAUACGGACGCUGUCGACCCAGAGGGCAACGAGACCAUCUGGCUCAACGGCAAGGUGGUUGGCAACACUACAUCAGGGACCUACAGCUACACCACCCAGCAGAGCCUGGCAUUUGCCUACCUGCCAGUGGAGCUGUGUUCUGUGGGGCAGAAGGUGGAGGUGGAGAUGUUGGGGAGAAAAUACCCUGCCAUGGUAGUCCAGGAGCCACUGGUCCUCACUGAACCCACCAGGACCCGGCUGCAGAAGAAGGCCAAGAGCAAGCCCUACACACCGGGGAUGGACGGAGAACCAGCUUAGAACCAGAGUACCAGACCUGGAUCCAAAUAGGAUCUGUUUUCUUUCAAGUAUUUACAGAAAGGUGUGCUUUAUUUAGCUACAUUCUGGUGCUAAUUGCGACCCAGGUCUGUUUAGAAUCUCCAAACAGAAGAACUGACACCAACCAACCACACUGUGAAGUGAACUAUGCUGGCUGACAGUGUUACUGUUAUGAUUAUAGUGACUGUUAUGAUGAAAAAGACUGACGUGAUGAACAAUACUCAAAUGACACCUUAUUCCCUGUGUGGUCCAAAGUAGUGCACACUAUACAGGGAAUAUGGAAUUAUUUGAGAUGGAGACUUUGACUGUGAUGUAAAAAUAAAAAUAACUUCCUCUUUC